AUGCAGUCACUGAACACGCCACUUGCAACCCAGGGAGGGGCAGCCGAAGUUGAUGUCAGUGGUCAAGUGGUCAACGCACUAACCCGCAGGGCCAUGGUUAGAACCCAACACCGGCAUCUCGAUUUCUCGCACCUGGAUUUCGUCAUCAUCAUCAUCGAGAGCAUGACAUCAGUGUUCAACACCGAUGCUUCACUGCCGUACAAUCAUGACUUAUUUGAAAGCCUUAUUCACCCUUGCUUGCCAUGUCACUAUAAGGAAGCACGAAUGCUGGGAUACUGCCAGGUUGUCCAAGCCAAGACAGGGGAAGUGUUAGAGCAACGCCAUAUGUACAGACGACCCACACUCUUGAUUUACCUUGACUUCAAAUGCGUGUUUGACUCCGUUGAGCGGUCAGUGCUGUUAACCGCACCUGCUCAACAGGGUAUGCCGAUAAUGCAUGGCGGGCUCUCCAAAAGCUUCCUUAUAAAAAGUGGUAUGCGACAAGGAUGUCCACUCUCUCCACUCUUGUUCACCUUUGUCGUUGAUGAAAUAAUGGCGCGAAUUUUAGUCAUCAAAACACCGGUAUCCAAGAUGUUUCUGGUGACAACAUUUUCGAUCUGGAGUACGCAGACGACAGCGUUUUCGUCUUUGAAGAGCGAGGUGCAGCACAAGCACCAUCAUACCAUCGUUCGGCAUGCACCUAUCAACUCCAAAGUGUAA